GUAAGCCCAACCUCUCAGUGAGCCAACGCACGGACUGGACCAGAGCAAGAAUGGUAUUAUUCCUAAACCUCGACUCCUCAAAACCCCCACCUCACGAUAACCCCCACGAUGACCUCGACCGCCAGCCAACACGAACCCUGCACUGGGACACUCCUCACCCCGGAGUGGUCGCAACGAGGCCCCGGCCAAGCCCCAACACAACUCACCCGUUUACAGCCCUCAUGUCAUCAUACCCGCUCUUAAUGUCCCUCACAAAACACUUGGACCUCAACGACCUCGCAAGUCUAAGCAGCACCUGCCACCCCUUCAGAUCCCUCCUCCUCCCGCAACGCAAAAACCUAACCUCCAGAUCGCUAGUAUGCAAGAACUCUGGCGGGCAAGUUCACAGAUGUGUCAAAGACUUGGUGAAUGAAUGUAGGAGGUGUCUAAAACCUGUUUGCCGCGUAUGGUCCUCCUUUCCCUCCGCUCUAUAACGGCAAUAGUAUUAAUGAGAGAGUGACGUAGAAUUGCGCACGAAGACCGGGCCCAGGGUUAUUAUUUUCACGAUUAAACCGUUUGUGUUCGAACCAUAGUGUGUGCUCGCCACAGGUGUUUGACAAGGUGUGUGAUUGUGCCGAUGCAUGGCUGUGUCGUGGGUGCUUGGGGAGGUAUCCCCCGCCAGGGCCGGGGCCUCACACCACGAUGAAGUUGGCUGGUGGGAGAAGCCAGUGUUUGUUUAGGAAACGGGAGGGUAAUGUAGGGCGCAGUGGUGAUAGUGAUGGAGGCAGUGGCGCAGAAAUUGGGUGUAUGGUGGUAGAGGGAGGAGUUCUCCAGCUCUCCUUGAAGUUGGAGAAGACAGGGGAUUUCAGGCGGUGGUGUGAUUGGUGUGACGGAGUGGUUCUGACGGCGGAGGACAGGGCGGUUCUGGGGAAGGAAGGGUGAGUAAGUGAAUGAGGGAGUAUUAGCCGGUGACGGGUAGGGGGCCGCUUCCGCUGUAUCCAUGGUGGGUUGCUUGUGGUUACCUCUGGGACGGGAGAUAUUGUGUUCUAGGGGAAAACUUAAUCCGUGCUAUCGGCAUGAUAGUGGUGUUGUAUAAGUGACUUUUAGCCAAACUUUGAGCCAGCAGAAUUACUCCUACUAAACCCGCAUUAUCCUGAUGCUUGAACAGCCAAAACAUACUCAUGCCUCCCGGAGAACAGCUCGUGUUCCACCACCCUACGCAAUCGAAUAACUUCCUAACACUCCACAGCGGGUGAAGCCGAAACCCAAUGAUGAUGUAGCAGCCAUGAAAACCCCAGACAAACACCCUGAGUCCGCAGGAGAGAAGGUUAGCUUGCCUCGGGGUCUCGUUUUGUGUCCGUCGGGUCCCGUCCCUGCCGGCACCCCCAAAAAUCAAUGGGUAUACCUUUCAGAACAGGUUUACAUAUAAUAUUAUAUUCGCGAUCGCUCAUACAUGGUUGAUAGUUAACCAGCGUUUGCCCACACCAUAUGCUGCCGUAAACCUAUCGGACGCGGUUGGCCGGAGGGGUGACAACCUAGCUUCUUGAAACUACCGGGGAGAUUCAGUAGGGCACUGCGAGGCACGAGUUCGGAAGGGAGGCGGGGAAGAGGAGGUUGGAAUAAGCGUUUGGGUCAGCAGGGUCUCUAGUUAUCUAAAUUGUCCAACGGACGGGCUGCAGAACC